AUGGCCAGUCUCCGCGGCCACCAACAGCCCGAUCUCUCCAAGAAGCUCUACCGCUUGAUCAAGACCGAGAACCACGCCAUUGGCGCAUACGAAGCUGCUGCCAAGGAGCAGGCCAACAUCGCCUCCCAACUCAGCGACUGGGGUGAGGAGACUGGUGACGACGCCAUCUCGGAGAUCUCAGACAAGCUUGGUGUUUUGCUGGCUGAGAUCGCCGAGCAGGAGGAUGUUCUGGCUUCCGGCCUUGAGGAGAGCAGAGGUGUCCUCAAGCAGAUCCGCAACACCGAGUCUUCAGUUCAGCCCUCGCGCGACCAAAAGGCCAAGAUUGCCGACGAGAUCCAGAAGCUGAAGUACAAGGAGCCCAGCUCUGUCAAGAUUGUCACCCUCGAGCAGGAGCUCGUCCGCGCAGAGGCUCAGUCUCUCGUCGCCGAGGCUCAGCUUACCAACAUCACCCGCCAGAAGUUCAAGGAGGCCUACGACCUUCACACCGCCGCUAUCAUCGAGCGCGCCGAGAAGCAGAUCCUGCUGGCCAAGAACGCAAGAAAGUUGCUUAACCUCGUCGACGAUACUCCCAUUGUCCCUGGAGACGUCCACCCCACCUUCUCCCACGCUGAGACUGCAAGAGAAGUCUUGAACGUUGCCGAAGACGAGCUUAGAGCCUGGACUCCCAACGUUGAGCCCAUUCACACCAACGCUGGUAACCUUGGUACCAACGCCAUGCCCGCUGCUCCCGUGUCCUCGCAAGGUGCUGCUCCCACUCAGCACUACGCCCAGCAGUCCGAGUACCCCACUCAGCACUCCGAGCACCUUACUCAACAGUCUGAAUACCCUACCCAGCAGUCUGAGUACACUCAGCACGCCGACCAGUACGCUACUUCGUCCGAGCCCUCUGUCGUUGGUCAAGAGCCAGUUGCAUACCAGACCCAGACCUCAGCCCAGCCUACCGAGACAUCCUACGCUACUGACGAGCACGACCACGAACAUGCUCGCAGUGUAGCUUCUCGUGUUCUCGGCUAG